AUGGUCGAUCGUCUCCGCAAGAAGCUACUGUCCGCAAAGAACGCCUACAAAAGCCUGGGACGUGAGACGGAGGCAGCUUAUGCGGAAUGCGAAAAGCUUGGAGAGCAAUUGAAGACUGCAAAUCAGAGCACCCAUAGACUACAGCGCUGCCUCGAUGGGCAAGAGAUCAGCAGCGAUAUGCGAAUUUCAGAGCUGGAAAACAGAACAGUUGCACUUCAGUCAGCGCUUCAGAAUACACAACGCGAGAUAGACAAGCUUCAGAAUGACGUCCGAGUUGCCCAGGAGGGUGCUCUGCAAUCCAUGGAAAGGGAGAACCAUAUAUGCAUGGAGGACAGGGAGGUACGCGAGCAGCUGUCAAAAAUGAGUGAUAGGUUCAUCGCCUGGGCCAAGAAGCACUCGAUAGACGAUGCCUCUGCGCUAGAGUCCGUUUCUGAGACUGAACUAAACAUGAUCAUUCAGUCAUUGCACGGGUAUUACAUUCAGGAAAAGUGGCCACAGCUCCGGUCCAAGCUGCCAUCGCUAUUCAGAAAGAUACCUCUUCUCCUUGUUCAGGCGAGUAUCUCGAAUAAUAUCCUUCAUACUAUGUUCACCAACCCAUUCUUUCUCUUCCCUGUUGGCCCCGACUAUACAUCUUGUCCGAGCCCAUCGCAAAUGGCCAAGUUAUAUGGCAUGAUCAAGUACGGUACGCUUUGCGCACUGCCCGGACGGACACAAAAUUCGGGGACUGGUUCCAUCAUCCCACGGCUCCGGGACGCUUUCGGCUUAGGAUUGGCUAUGGAAUUUCUCGAUUCGCCUGUUGGAGCACUUUUGCGACCUCUCGAUACCGAGGCGGACAAGGUAUCCCGAGUCGAGGGUCUUGCGAAACUCAUUCAUGGGGCAGCGGACCUUGCUUUCUCAUUGUGGAUGCAGCGUACUGCGAUCGAAUGCUAUGGCUUGGGCAGCAUGUGUGUAUUCUCGUCCAAGAAGACCUUUAUGACUCCUCAUCAUCUUCAUCACCUGGACGAUGACGAUGAGAUCCUUGACGGACACAGGGUAGUUCUCGUGACCCAGCCAUUGAUUGUUGCAUGGGGUGAUGAGAAUGGGGAAAACUAUGAUAGUUACAAAAUCUGGGCGAACGGGACGGUAUGUGUGGAGGAGUAG